AUGGAGGUACUGAGACUCUCCAAUAUCAUUAGACAGCACGAUGAAGAAAUAAAUAAUUUUCAGCAGUAUUCCCGACGUGACUGCGUGGAAAUCGCAGGCUUACCAGUCGAGCCAGAUGAGGACACUAAUGCUUUAACGAUCAAGGUUGGUUCCUUGAUGGGAGUACACAUUGACGAAAAAGAUAUUUCAAUCAGCCACCGACUGCCGCAUAAAGCUCAAAAUGAAACCUACAGCUCAAGGUUAAGACCAAGAGAAGGGGGUUCUACUGGAGUCAACUCUGCCAAUCGAUUUCCUAGAAUCAUUGUUAAAUUUGUGAGACGGUCAGUUAAAGAACAGUUCUAUCAAGGUCGUAAAUAUUUGAAAGAUAAAUCAACCAAGGAUAUCGGUCUCUCUAGACUGUCAGUUAAUAAUAUUUUCAUCUCAGAGAGUUUGAGUCCAAGAAACAAAUCACUAUUCAAGGACUGUCUAAAAUUUAAGAGAGAUCACAGUUUCAGGUAUAUCUGGACACAAUCGGGACGUAUUUACCUCAGGAAAAAUAAAGACCUCCCAGCACACGUUAUUUCGUCUACACAAGAUUUGGAGGCUUUAUCAAGAUAA